AGGCUGUGUGAAUCUCUCUCUCUCUCUCUCUCUCUCUCUCUCUCUCUCUCUCUCUAUGUCUGAGUGUACGUGUUCCUUUGCUCUGAUAAACACUACCACCUCCCUCGAUUACACUUGAGCGCUGCACACAUCGGACAGGACCACAGUGAGCAGGUAAAAGCAGAGGCACACAGCUGCCUCCGGCCACACCAGCCAUGGAGGGACUCUACUUUGAAGUGAAGCCCAGAAGAGAUGAGCCCCCCAGGCCGCGACGCUCUGACAAACCCUGUCCUAAUUUAACCUCGAACCACCGCUCGUGCCCCUCACUUUCACAUCUCACCUCCCCUAAGAAACUCCCUCCUGCUAGAAAGAGGGUUGCAGCAUGGGGGGGAAAGGUCGAGGAAGAAGGAGAGGACGAGAAGGAGGAGGAGGUGCGAUACAAACUGACGCUGAUCGGUUCCCUGCCGGUCCACCACCUCACCACCAUGGCCAUGCUGCCCUGGGUGGUGGCUGAGAUCAGCAGGGCUCAGCCUACUGAGGAGAAACUGGGUGCUGGGUUGUGUUCUGGAGCUUGUGGAGGCAGACAGUUGGACCCUUCUACCCAUAAUCAGACUGUUUUUCUGUGCGUGUCAGCGUCAUGGGUACGAUGUGUGUCGGUUCUGGGACAAGGAGUUGUCUGGGACCCUCUGACACACACACUGCUGUUUGAAUGUCGUCCUCACCAGGUGAUUAAGCUGAUUCACAACAGCCAGGAACCCAGCAGCUUCGGCUGCCUGGUCAGAGACGCACCAAGCUGCGCCUGCUAUGUCUUCCAGUGCCAGGACAGCACCAAGGUUCCUGAGAUCAUCAGUACGUUGAGGCAGGCUGGCAAGAGCUCGGCCCGCAGCGAUGACAUCACUAUCCUCUCAAGCAAAACUUCCAGUGGAGGCAGCGAAUACUCCGACACAUGUGUGUCUUCUCUCUCCACAACGACAACCACCGCGGCACCUUGUGUUGUGUCUCCAACAACCUUUUCCAAGAAGUUUGAGGUGCUGUUUUGUGGCCGUGUGAGUGUCGCUCACAAGAAAGCACCUCCCGCCCUGAUUGAUGAGUGUAUCGAGAAGUUCAGCCAGUUGCAUGGGUCAGAGACAGGUGAUAAAGGAGGUAAUAGUGGGGCAUUGAUCGGUGGGUUGAGGAGGGUUUUAACCUUGCCAUCAAAUGGACUUGCAAGUGGUGCUGUUGGUAAUGGUGCUACAGGGAGCCCAACCACCGGGAAGCGUCCGGUCCUGUUUAAAAGAGACCCCAGCUUCCCCUGUCUGCAGGCGCUGGAUGAGAAUGGACUCUCACCAGAGAUCUCUCACACAAACACUACGGACGCUCACCCCCACUCGACUGUACAGCCCACCAGCCUGCAGGAGAACAGGACCAUGCUGUUUACGGUUGGCAGGUCUCAGAUCUUCCUGGUCAGUCCGGACACUAAGAAAGUUGCCAUAGAGAAGAGUUUCAGAGAAAUCUCCUUCUGCUCACAGGGUAUUCGUCAUGUGGAUCACUUUGGCUUCAUUUGCAGGGAGACAGUGGAAGGAGGGAACUGCCACUUUGUUUGCUAUGUCUUCCAGUGCACCGACGAGUCGCUGGUGGACGAGAUCAUGCUGACUUUGAAGCAGGCAUUUUCUGUGGCAGCCCUGCAGCAGAAUGCAAAGACCCAGAGUCAGCAGUGUGACAGCUGCCCCAUGCAGCAACUCCACAGACUGUGUGAGAGGAUAGAAGGUCUGCAUCCAUCGAAAACCAAGCUGGAGCUUCAGAAACACUUGGCCACUCUGGACAAUCAGGAGCAAGCUUCAGUCUUUGAAAACACUAUGAGGGCUCGUCCUAAGAGCGAUCAGGAAGAGAACGAGUUGGUGAUGGUGUCUUUGAGGAAUCUGUAUGAAGAGAAACAGAGGAACCAUCAACACACACUAUCUGGAGAUAAACAGGUGUAUGAGGAGGCAGCUCCAGCCCCGGUGGAGGCGCAGCAGCAGAGUAGCAGUCGGCAGCGGCUUGAGCAAUUCAAGAGUCGGGCCAAGCGCUCUCUUACUGAGUCUCUGGAGGGAAUCUGGAAGGGGAGCAGCAAGGCCAGAGCUCAGAGGGACAGCAGCGUAGGAAGUGACAGCGGCUCUUCCAUUUCUACAAUCAACAGCAGCCUGGACCAGCCUUGUCUAGAUGACCCCCUUCCUGCCUCAACCGAGCUGCGACCCACCAGCCCACUCAGGUGCCACAACUCAACAGGAGACCUGAAGCGCCUUGACCCCUCUCUCCACCUGUCUCCCUCCUCCUCAUCUUUACCCGGAGACUCACAGCCACAGGGCUUCCGCCGACGGGCCAGCACUUUCAGUCAUCCUCCCACCCCAUCCUCAGCAGAGUACUCUCCGCUGAGCACACCAACUCACACGCCGCAGGACCAAACUGCAGCUACCAAGCCCAAGCUUGUACGACACUACUCCGUCAGCACCGACACGCCACACCAGAGCAAGGAUGUAGCAGCGCUGUCCAGUCCAAGUGCAUCAUAUGACAUAGGGGAAAGUCCUCUGCGCAGCCACCGCCACUCCUGGAGGCAACAGAUCUUCUUACGGGUCGCUACACCUCAGAAGAGCACAGAAACCAACGAGCGGGGUGAUCCUUGUCUAGAGGGGGGUCGAGUGUGCGUGGGCCAGGUGGCAGCUGGAGGAAGUGAGGCCUUAUCCAUAAGGUUGGUGCCUGAGGAGAGGACGAAAAGGAGCAAAGAGGAGCUGAGGCAGCUCUGGAGGAAGGCCAUCCUGCAGCAGAUCCUGCUGCAGAGGAUGGAGCGGGAGAACCAGAAACUACAGGCCUCAGAGAGCGACCUGCAGAACAAGCGUCUGAAGUUGGACUACGAGGAGAUCACUCCAUGUCUGAAGGAGGUCACUCUGGUCUGGGAGAAGAUGCUGGGAACUCCUGGGAGGGCUAAGGUCAAAUUUGAUGCAGAGACCAUACAUGCUGCUGUUGCACAAGGUGUCCCAAGGCAGCAUCGAGGUGAGAUCUGGAAGUUUCUCUCUGAACAGUACCUGCUCAGGCAGACGGUCCCCUCCAGGCCACCAGCUAAUCACACUCCAUACAAAGAGCUGCUGAAGCAGCUCACAUCGCAGCAGCAUGCCAUUCUCAUAGAUCUGGGUCGCACUUUUCCAACUCAUCCAUAUUUCCAAGCUCAGCUGGGGGCAGGACAACUGUCUCUGUAUAAUAUACUGAAAGCCUACUCGCUGCUAGACCCUGAGGUGGGCUACUGCCAGGGCCUGUCCUUCAUCGCUGGAGUGCUGCUGUUACACAUGGGGGAAGAGGACGCCUUCAACAUGCUCAAAUUUCUAAUGUAUGACGUGGGCCUCCGCAAACAGUACAGACCAGACAUGAUUAUCCUGCAGAUUCAGAUGUACCAGUUGUCGCGGCUGCUCCAUGAUUACCACAGGGAUCUCUACAGCCACCUGGAGCAGCAGGAGAUCGGGCCCAGCUUGUACGCCACCCCCUGGUUUCUCACCGCCUUUGCCUCACACUUCCCCCUCGGCUUUGUGGCUAGAGUCUUUGACAUGUUGUUCCUGCAGGGGUCAGAGGUCAUCUUUAAGGUGGCCUUGAGCCUGCUGGGGAGCCACAAACCUCUGAUCCUGCAGCACGAGAGCCUGGAGUCCAUAGUGGACUUCAUCAAGACCACGCUGCCCAACCUCGGCCUGGUGCAGAUGGAGAAAACCAUCAACCAGGUUUGUGAGAUGGAUGUCUCCAAGCAGCUGCAGGCCUAUGAGGUGGAGUACCACGUCCUGCAGGAUGAGCUGCUCGACACACCCCCAACCCUCAACCAACACCAGCGAGCUGCACAGCUGGAGAGGACCAAUCAGAGCCUCCGACAGCAGAACCUCGACCUGCUGGAGGAGCUGCAGGUGUCACAUGCUCGCGUCUGCAGCCUGGAGAGCCGAGUGGAGGCUUUGGCCCAGUCGGAGGGCCAGCUGAGGGAGCAGGUUUCUGCACUGGAGGAGGAGAAGAGGCAGCUAGCGAGCACCGUCACACGCCUCCAGGACCUCCUCAAAGGCCUCGGCAUACACACCUCCCCUGAAGGACAUGGACUCCCCCCACCCUCUGAAAGACAUGCAGCGAACAGGACUGUGGACUCCCUCCCCCACCCUUUGGCUCUUCCAGAGGGUUCAUAAACCGCACCUAAUAAUCGUCCAAAUGCUAAGGUCAACCGGAGGAGGAGCCGGUUGGAGUAGGCCCAGGAAGAGAAGGUCGACUGAGACGUCAAGGCGGCUCACUACCUCGACCUUUGUCCUUUUCCCAGCUGGUGAAUGUUUUACUAAAAAGAGGGAAUAGAGAAAAGGAGGAGAAUAAUGGAAAUAUAACAAAAAGGGGGAUGUGGUUAAAAGAAAAAAGACGGCACCUUGAGUAUUAUCUCUAAACUGCCCUCUUCCCUCUUUAUAGCAAAUAUGAAUGAACAUGUGAUUUGACAAACAAUCCCCGAAGAUAGCACUGUCCCACUGGGCCUCUACUGUACAAACAAAACAGUUACAUUUGCACCUGUACUUGUAUGUGUGUGUCUUUGAAUGUGUGUGAGUGUCUUCGCUCGUGUUUUAUGCUCCUGAAAGAGUGUGGAUGUGCCGGAUUCAACAAGGUAGCCAAAGAAUGUCAAAAAUAAAGGAUGAGUCACCUGAAAAUGUACUUUGAGGCAUUAAAUCGACUCACUUUUAUUCCGAUGGAAAGUCAGGUGAAAUUUUGUUGCCGACAAAACGUUUCUGGAGUUUCACCGCACCAAGAAGCGGCAUUGCAGUAUUCUCCUAAAUGACUGAAGAAGACUGGGACAACCAAGCAAAACAUAAAAUUACCACAUACAGCUUGUCUUCUGUUAGUCUUCAGAAGCCCAGAAAUCCCACGUUGAUUUGAAAAGACAUUAUUCGCACUUUUAACAUAAAUGCUUCACUUCAGUGUUAGCAUGCACCUCAUCUGAAGUGGGUGCACUUUUCAAAUCUUUUUUGGGAUCCUGGGGCUUCCAGAAUAAUGCUAGACAAGCUGUACAGAGUCGUUAUACCAGUUGUUUUUUUUUAUUAUUAUUUUAAAACAAGGUCCAAUCUACUUCAGCUGUUUAGGAGUAUGCUGUUUAUUUAUUUAUAUUUUUUUUUUGUAAAGCGUCAGAAAAAGUUUGUGCACAUCAUAACUUCACCCGACCUUCCAUCAGCAUUGGGAUGAGAAGAUAAUGUCUGAAUUUUCGUUUUUUGGGUGAACUUGUCCUUUAAUUUAAAACGAACAAAGAACAUGGUGUUGGUCAUUGAUACAAAGAUGAAACGUUUCCAAAGAAAAAUAAAAAGAACGUGUGAACAGAAAGUGAGAUGAAGGGACAGGUGAAGAAAUAACUUCAUGACAAAGUGUUUCUCUUUUGUUUUGCUGUUAUAAAAGUUGAAUAUGACAGAAGCUGAAUGAUGUCAGAACUUGUAUUAUGGUGGUGCUCAUAUUCAGAGGUCAGAGGUGAACUAUUUUAAAUGCCUCCUCCAUAUUUUCAGUCUUCCGUAGUUCUUGUUUCCUGAUCCUGUACUUUUCAAACUCCAUUUAGUUACAGUAGUUCGCAGGAAGAGUAACACAAUAAAUCCAGUUCAUUUCACAUCCUGUUUUCUCACCUUUGAAUUCACGCAGAUCCGUCUGUGCUCAAGGAGGAUAGAUGUGAUUUUGGCAGAAAGCUUUAAAACAAAAAAACAAAAACAACAAGAAGCUGUGCCUUUGUAGUGGGGGAGGGUGGGUACAGACUUUAACAGAUCAGUGACUUUAAAAGGCUGAAAAACACACUCUUGUCUGAAACUUCAAAUAGGAAACCUCUGCUGUUGAGACAAUCUGUCAACUAUGAGUCAUCUACUGUAUUCAACACACUGAAUUCCUUCAACGUGAGCUGCAGCUCUGUGUGUAUGUUAAUGUGUAAAUGUGUUACCGUGUGUCUGCGUGCACUUCACUGAUGGCAACAAAUCUGUUGAUUUACACUGUAAAGAUUGGUUGCUUUUACUUCAGACUCUCCUUGCACAAGUUGUUUUGUUUUAAUUGAUUAUUUCUAUUAUUGUUAUUCUGUACUUUACAAAAUACAUUUCAUAUCCUCUCAGCUUA